AUGGAAGAGAAGACAGAUAACAUCUCCCUCCAAACGCAGACUAACACGGAAAGGCUGAAAAUUCUUGAAGAAAAAACGGAAAAUCUACUAAACAAGAUUGGAGACCUCGAGAAUAGGUUACAAAGAAAUAACCUCAGAAUAAGAGGUAUUCUGGUCGCAGCAGCUAAGUUGGAAGACUACUGUGAAGAUUUUUUAGAAUUCUUGGGUUUACUCCCAACUAAAGAAACCAACUACAUUGAAAAAUACCACAGAGUCAUGAAACCUAAGUCAGUACCAGAAAAGGUACCAAGAGACGUGAUCUUAUGCCUGCAUUCAUUCCGGUUUAAGACACUUGUGGUACGUGCUAAUGCCUUUAAAGACCUAAAAGAUUCAUCGUAUUCAGUAAAAUAA